AUGUAUGGCGCGCAGAACCAACUGAUAUCAGCAUCACUUUCGACAUCAUCCUCGACACUCGGUAUCAACUUGCGUGAGUCGUCUGAUCACGAUCAGAACACUGAGCCGAAUCCGAACUCAACCGGCUGGUCCGUUAGUCCCAUAGCCACCAGUCCGAACACCGACAUCCAAAAUGUGGACUUCGUGCCUGAUUUCCCUGCAUCCCUGUUUUUAGACAUUGACUGGUAUACUUGGUCCCGUGCUCGGCCUCCAGUACGACCUGGUACCAUUCCUGAACUGCCGAUGAUAUCUAAGAAGAGAAUAGAUAUGGGACUUUCGCUCCAGAACGCAGGUCCUGACCUUGCUAUGCUAUUCUUAUCAACGAGGCUUGUUACCACGCCGGUAACACAUGGGUUUGACUUGAACCCGUACCGGGAAGCAAAGAAAUCCUUAGCCCGUCUUGAGGAGAAUGGCACCAUAUCUCUCAUUCUCCUCCAAGCUAUGAUUCUUAUUGCGUUGUAUGAGUAUGGACACGCAAUAUAUCCAGCCGCUUGGAUGACGGUUGGAUCAUGUGCUCGAUAUUCGGACAUUGUAGGGCUAGCUCCCGGAGACUUUUCCGCCUUAAGACAAGAUACUACCUGGACCGAGGCUGAAGAAAGAAGAAGAGUCUGGUGGUCUGUAUUCAUCUUGGACAAGAUCGUUGCGCUCGGUAGCCGGAGGCGAUGCGUCGUCACAGAGCCGCAAGUUGAAAAUAGACUGCCUGUUGAUGAUGAUUCUUGGGACUGUGGCGAGGUUGGCAAAGCUUUCGGACAUUCUACCAGCACACCAUAUCAGACGCAACAAUCAGGCUUCGCAAGACUUUGUCAAGUACCUAUCUACAUAAGUCGGGUGAUUGGAUUUGCACGUUCAGGGUCUUCUGCCCCUUGCAUUCCAGAGAUCACCUCACUCGUCAACGAUCUGAAUGGCUUCGCCUUAGCUGUCGACAGGGAAAAUACGGAUUGGAGACUAGAAGCGAGCUCUUCAUUUCUCUCAUCCAGAGCAUUGGCGCGAUCUGCCCUCUUUAUCGCCCUUGAUAGAUUCACAUGCCCCGAAAAGAUAUCAGUUGAGCCCGGAUACGUCGGCGAACAGGGCACAAAGAGCCAGGAGGAGCUCGACUUCGAUGGUGAGCAAAGACUGCCGUUGGAAGUAGCAAGCCGACAGCUUCACUUCAUGGCUACCAACAUAUUGCCGCAUAUUCCUACCGCCGAGGGAGACGAGACUCAAUUGCACGCCUCAAGUCUCGUGAGCCCUUUCAUCAUGGACGGCAUAUACGCAGGUGCCGCAACUUUACACUUGUUGGUAUCCCUAUCACAGGGAAGUUAG